GAUGCCAAAACUAUCGAUAACUAACAAAAUGGCAGCUCUUUCGAUGUAGCGUUGCCAGAAAACUUUUGCGAAACCACGCGAAAUUGGUCAAAACUAACAAGUAAACAUGCCACUAGAGCCCCAGCGGUAUAAAUAUUAUAAAACGCAGUUAGGCGAUUCAUUGCAGAGCGCAACAGCUCUUAUUCGUAAUUAUUACACCACAUUGUGCUCCCAAGCACCACAGCUAAUUGCCCAAGCAGAUCGCAUUUGGGAGCUGAGUCAACGACAACGUUUGGUCGCUGGCACCAACGAAGCUGCUGCCGCCACGCUACUCUCAGCUUGCCAUGACGCAUAUCAACCCAUCUACCACUUCAUAAAUCAACUACAGGAAACAGUUGUCGAGAUUUCCACUCAUGUGGCAGACUUUGAACGGGACUGCCAGGCCCUAAAAGCUGAGCUUAGCCAGGAGAACGAGCUACGUUGCUGUCCACUAACUAAAUGGAACGCAUGGCUAGCUCAAACAUUGAGAAUAGUGCAAACUCAGGUCAAGUUUUUGGAGCUGGAUUCGCGUGCUCUUCUGCCUUCGCUAGUGGAGAGCUCAGUAAUCAAACAGUUUAAACAUGAUUUAGAGCUGAAAGCGCACUACAAGGCUAGCAUUUGCAUGGGCCUAGCCCAAGCCGAUCGACGGUCUGAACUAUUGCCUUUGACUUUGGCUAAUUGAAGGACAUAAUCCAACUACUGUUAUGAGCAGACACUACACGAUUAAUUUAAACAAAACAAAAACGUCCAAUUGUUAUAAUUUGUUAUAAUAGGUCUUCAAUAAAUAAGUUUAUCUGCAAAUUUUCGCUGUGGUUUCCCGUUCCUUGUGGCAUUUCCAGCUAAUGUUGCUUGAUCAAGGGCUGAUCGAUAAUUGUCACAAGAUCACAAAACAAAAACAAAAAAAAUAUAAACAAUACAGCAUUGAAUUGUUGUUUUUAAGCACUGCAAAACUUGGCAUUUAUUUAAAACAUUUUUAAUUUGGUGUUGUGUGAUUCUGUCUGUAUGUUGUUUAUGGUUUUUAUAUCAUAAUUUUCCAAGAAAUUGCCAAA